GAAUCUUUUUUUUCCUCACCAUCUAUUCUACAACUCAAGUUUUAAUUUGAAUUGACCCAAUUCAGCUUUCCACUUUAAAGACUUGUUCUCUCUCUGCAAGAUAAUAGUUCCAUUGUUGCCUUAUCCUCUUUCUCUUUCACAUACACACACACGUCUUUUGUUAACCAGCAUUUGCUGCUUCAGUUCAGCAUGCUUAAUUUGAAUUGAAUCAAUCUCUCUCAUCUUUUAUUAACCAACUUUUGUAACUUCAGUUCAAUAUGCUUAAUUUGAAUUUAAUUAAUUUAGCUUCCCCAUUCAACUGCUAUUUCUUUAUGUGCAAGAUGUAGGAACAAAGUCACCCUGCUCUCUCUCUCUCUCUCUCUCUCUCUCUGUGAAACCAUGUCCUAUGUCUGGUGUUCUAGUCCAGUACAAUAAGCUCACCAACCUAUUCUAGAGAAACCAGGUUCUGAUUUCCCCUCAAUAUUUAACUUUUCCUAUUAAAAGAAGAAAAUGUUCUCUGACUGGUCUCAAUGUUUAUUUGUGGGUUCUCCUAAUGUUUUACCUUGGCCUUUGAGAAUUCAGGGUAUUGAAAUUUGAAGAGAUAUGGUUCAUUUAGUGGAGCAAGGAGGAACACAUGUUCCUCUUGGCUCUAGUCCCUGUGAAAGCAGACAAUGGGGAGGACCAAGCCAGAGCCUAAGUGACUCAAUCCAGUCACUUGUAGGGCUCAGGUCACACCUGACUUCUAGGUGGGCUGAAUCUGUCUGCAAUCUAAUCAAGGAACACUCUUCUGAAUCUCUGGCAACCCGUUCUCACUAUGUAGCCUCAGACUCUUGUGAAAAUGGGCAAGAUGAAAUGGGUGCAACAAUUUCAAAGCUUCAAGGCGAGCUUGCUGCUCUCCGAGCCCAGGUGAUUAAUUUAAAUUUAGAAAAAAGGCAGAUUCUGCACGAGUUACUAGAUUUGAAAGGAAACAUCCGUGUAUAUUGCCGCAUUAGGCCUUUUCUCAAGGAUGAGGAAUGCUACCAUCAGGCAUCAGUUGUAUCCUCGGAUUCAAACAAAUUGCAGUUAAGAGUUGGUCAGAACAGGACCAAAGAGUACACUUUUGACAAGGUUUUUCACCCGGGAACUUCGCAAGAUGAAGUCUUUGAAGAAGUAGAGCCGGUUAUUAAGGCAGCUCUGGAUGGGUACAAUGUCUGCAUAUUUGCAUAUGGUCAAACAGGCACUGGAAAAACAUUUACCAUGGAGGGCAGACCAGAUUGUCCAGGGGUAGUUCCUCGUGCAAUUAAGACGUUGUUUAGUCUAGCAUCUGAUGGCAAUCAAAAGAUUGGGUUCUAUUUCAGUAUGCUAGAGGUUUACAUGGGCAACUUGAGAGAUCUACUCAAUCCUCAAGUAGAAAAAUCAUCAAAUUCUUCAGCCCAAAGUCUUUCUAUCCAGAUGGACCCCAUGGGUGGCAUUGAGAUUGAGAACCUGGUAGCUAUCCCAGUGAACGAUUUUAACCAAGCAAACAAAUUAUAUAAAUAUGGCAGACGGUUCAGAUCCACAGCUUCCACAAAUUCUAAUGAUACUUCAAGCAGAUCUCAUUGCUUGAUCCGCAUCAGCAUAAAUUGUAUUGAUGCUCCAGAGAGACGACGGGUUGUCAACAAAAUCUGGAUGGUCGAUCUUGGUGGGAGCGAACGCCUCCUAAAGACUCAGGCAACAGGGAAAAGACUUGAAGAAGGAAAGGCCAUAAAUCUCUCUCUCUCUGCACUUGGAGAUGUCAUCAGUGCUCUUCAAGAAAAGCAUCCCCAUGUUCCUUACAGGAAUAGCAAGCUUACACAACUGCUGAGGGAUUCUCUCGGAGAGGAUUCAAAGACCCUAAUGCUUGUUCAUAUAAGUCCAAACGAAGCCGACUUGGGCGAGACAAUUUGUUCCUUGGGUUUUGCAACACGAGCAAAACAAAUUCGCCUCGGGCGUGAGGAAUCUUCUGGAGCAAGAGCUGAGAAGGAAGCAGCAAUGGCUGAUCUGCUACAGAAAAUGAGAUAUCUAGAAGAUAAAUCUCAGGAUAUCAAACAAUCAAUCCAAAAGGCUGAGUUUGUUUUAAAUGAAAGCUUGAAACGUGAUGGAAGACUGGAACCACAUUUAGCUGAGGAGGAAACUGAGACUAUGAUAGAGAUGGAAAAGUCCAAGAUAGGAAAUGUUGUAUGCCCAUCAUUAAAGUUGCCUAGAUUCAUGAGACCGACAGAAUGUAGCAGACAAAAGUAUGGCUCAGAUUUCUUCAGCUAUAUGGAGAGUUCAACAAAGAAAGAAAGACCCCAUGUUGCCAAGAAGAAGCAUCCCUCAAGUGUGAAAUCUGCAACUUACCCAUCAAAAGCUAAAUCACAGUCGGAGCUCAGCACAUCCAGGAGCAGCUGCUUAGUGGGUUUGAACUGGAAAUCAAGUAUGGGUUAUGAAACAGACUACAGUAAUGGUACAUCAGAAUGUGAAGUAAAAAGAGUAGUCUUUCCUUUGAAUGUGAAGGCACAGAGAAAUUAUUUUGAAGGAGAUUUAGCUAGUGAAAAUUGGCCUAGCCAAAAAGAUAAGCGAACUAAUAAUUACACUUCCCGAAGGAAAAGGGUGCUUGCGAUACCAGUACCAGGGGACAGGAGGAAUGGUGAUCCACAGGUUAAAAUGAUAAACAAAAUGAAAGGGAAUCUACCAAAUUUUCAUGGGGAAACUAUGGAAAUGUCUUUGAACAACAGCUUGGAUGUGAGGGAUGCAGAUAAGGCAUAUGAAGAUCUCUUUGAAAAUAAAUAUUCAGAACCAUCAUCUGGUAAUGUAUCCGAAGAGAAUAUGGUUCAACUAUUACAUAAAGUUGGGGAGACAAAAAGAUCUCCAAUGCAACAAAGAACAGAUAAUAACCAAUGUUCUACAGAUGGUCUUGUGGUCAAGUUUAAUGGGCUGAACCUUACUUGCCCGCCAAAUGUAGUGGAGAACUUAAGCCAGAAUGAACAAUUCCAUGAAGUUGCUCAGAAUCUUGAGCCGCGUGAGAAAGGUCAGAUUCAACCAACGGGAUUAUCUCAUAAAAUGGAGGUUGGGUUGGUAAAAGUUAGACUUCUUGACAGGAAAGAGAAAAAGGAAGAUCUUCCUCAAGAGUUCAAAGAAGCAGAAAAUAAUAGUAAGGAAGCCACAUGCCAUUCUCCUGCUCAUUUUGAUGUUGCUAACCUACCAGAUAUUGGCUUCAAAGAGAGAAAAGCAUAUCCAGGGUUUUGUUAUGUUUUUGGUCAGACAGUUCGUGGGUUUUGGGGAAGUCUCCUUCUUGGGCUGGGGAUUCAAGGCCUGGGAUUUGGAGAUGAGUUUUACCAUGGCCUCCAGUUCUGAUGAAGCCUGGCCUGAAUUAAUGCAACAAUUUGCCAGGUACAAUGCCAUUCUAUGAAGAAUCCACUGGAUCCUGUCCCCAAGUGAAUUCACAAAUAUUAUACCUCUGUGAUUUAUGUUUGUAAAUCUAGGUAAGUGAAGGGUUGAUAAAGACACCAAUUUUUUGAUAAUUGACAUUAUUUUUUUCUAACUUUUGACUAAACAAACUUUGAUGGAUGUGUUAAAUUAACAGUCUUUCCCAGAACUUGAGCAGGAAAUGAUUCCGGGUCCAUAGGAAACGGGCUUGGGUCAAGAUGGUAGAGGCUAGGUUUCAUAGCCCAACAUCUCAAGUUUAAUUCCUCUAUAACCUUGUCAAAAAAAAAAAAUGAUGAUUCCUGAUCCAAUAGAUGAGGAAUGGGCUCAAGGCUAGGAGGGCAGGGUGGUGGGGUGCCACAACAUGACGUCUUGAGUUCCAAUCUUAGCACGGGUAGGGGAUCCCUUCCCUGCUGAACUCCCCCACCCCCCAAAAAAAAAACAAAGAAUAUGACAAUUAAUGAAGCCUGAAAUACAACAGAAAUGUAUACACAUUUUCACUCAGUCACUGCUUUUUAGAACAAGUUACUGCAGAUGGUACAAAUGGACUGGUUUUGGUUUAGAUCAAAUUUCAUGUGAAGAAUCACCUUUGGAACUUUGUGGACUACUCUGCAUGGUUUCCAUUAGCCUGGACUAAUAUUGAUAGCUAGUUCCUGUUCUGGUUCUUGUUUUGGAAUUAGGGAUGAGAGGCAUUGCAGGUGAACUAUAAAGGAGAAGAGUCAUAUUGUCUAUUGAUUCAUGAACUCAUGAAGCCCGUCAUUAUAUAUAUAUAUAUAUUUUUUUUUUUGGGUAAGUAGCCCGUCAUUAUAUGUGUUGAGUGCCUGUGUGAAUUUUUAUCAUUUUUUUAUUUUUGAAACAUAAAAAUAAAAG